CGAAAACAAAGGUAGUACGGGCAGCCAUUUUAUACUUGCGCAAUCAGUUCCGUGUUUUGUUGUCUUUGCCAUGCUGACUGACAACAAGCACAUGAUGUAUAAAAGGAAAAUAAAAGCUCGCUGUUCUAAACCCGAGAAAGAACGUCCGGAUUAGGGGAAAAGAAACUAAAAACAAAAAGCUUUGAAGUGCCAUGGAAUGCGUAGGAGGCCUACUAUUUUGGGCAACACCAACCCAGCAGACGGCCAACGAAUUUAUGAAGCAGUGCUUGACCCCCCAUAACUACUGUCAGAUGUACCUUUUGAAGAGUCAAGAGCAGCUGCAAGGCGACACCGCGCAUGGGACCUGGAUAUAACUACGGCCAUACGUAGCACACGGCAGAUAGGACAUUAUGUAGGCAAUACUGAGCCAGUGUGCCGAGCGCCACUGUGUGUGUGUUGCACGCCCGGUCGCUGUGGUUGAAGUGGUAGUGGAGGUGUGGACCAAGGCCCACCUACCGGUUAGUGGACGGCAACCCGUUGGCGGCGCGGGAGAACGGGGGACUUACCUGCAGUUUCUCGAUCAUCUGGAUGUUGACCCGAGUGCGACUAGCGACCGACGGUUCGUUUCGAGAAAAGGUGGAGGAAAAAAAAAGUGGUGGGGGAGACAGCGAGAACGGGCAGGUGUGGGUUUGUUCAUCAUUGUACAGUCGGAUACAGUCGUGUGUACUCUUUUGUCACAUUGGCAUGCCCCUACUUAAAGGUAGCGAGAGAGAUAAAAAAAAAAAAAACCCGGCUCGCAAUCGCUCUGCUUUGUCAUCUCGGGGCGCUCGCCACGCUGAUACCUUCAGCAAGCGGUGUGUCAAUACGACUGGUGUGGGCCACGCCACAGCGCAGGGCACACACACACAGGCUCGCAAAGAGACCUGCCCCUCCAACCUCCCCCACACGCUUGGUGUGUGGAGUCGCUCGAUUGGAGUGGCAAGGUCCGGGCCACUUUACGGCAGGAUUUGAAACCGAUCCGUGGAUGACUUCAGGAGUGUCUUUCGUGCUCACAAGACUGGAGGGACAGCAGGAGAAGAAAGACAAGUGGGUUUGACCGACCGGCGAGAGUGUGGUGCUAGUUCGUACGGCACAAGCCACCAGUUGUUCCAAGAGGUCCCGUCUUUUUACUGACUUCGGUUGGAGGCAAGAGUUGGCAGCCCCGGCAGCGCGCGGAUAAAACAUAUUGUUGGUUCCUUGCGGUGCAGGGAACGGUCUGCGGGGCUCUGUUUUCGCUGGAGACUUUUUCGAGGAUGAAAUUAAAGAGUCCCGUCGCCUGCUGCUCAAGCAGCACAAGGAGCAGGCUUGCAAUCCCCGACGCAUGGAGACCCUGCGGACCAAGUUCAUUGAUCAGGCCAAGAGCUACUUCGGUGUACCCUACGCUCGCAAAUACUGGAGCAAAGACUCGCCGGAGUACAACUCGCCCAAGUUCUUGGACUGCUGCGGGCUGAUACGCCAGGUGAUGUGGGAUCUGGAGGCAGACUUCGGCUUCCGCAUCGGCCCGUGGAACCAGGCCUACAUGUACGACACCCUGCCGAUCAGUCGCGACAUCAGCCAGAUGCGGCCUGGCGACCUGGUGUUCAUGUCUGGCGUCUACACCAACAAGAAAAGCAGGAGGCAGCGCCACAACAUGACGCACGUGGAGAUCUGGCUAGGCGAGGGCGAGAAGACCAUCGGAGCGCGAUGGAACAACGGGAAGGUGCAGGUCUUCGACAGCUACAAGUUCUCUCCCAAGAGCUUCACCAACGAACAGUACUACUUUCGUUCUAUAGACACCUGGCUCAGGGGCAUCUGCAAAAGCUUCUGCGGGCAACACAAAUGGGGCCGCAGCUCAUACACCCUCGGCAAGAAGUCCAUUUUCUUCACGGAGCAGAACUUACCUCUGCAGGCCGAGAAAGCUGGUGACGAUGAUGACGACGACAGUGAUGACGAAAGCCAGAGCACGAAACAGGACACGGCGACAGCAGCGACACAAGCAGCGGCGAGGGACAACCGGGACGACGAAAAGAGUGUGAGCAGCAACAGCACGAAAUCCGACUCCCCCGAGUUUUGCGACAAGGAAGAUGACGACACUCAGCAACAGGCGAACAGCGAGAAGAAACGAAAGAAGAAGAGAAGGAGAAAGUGCCGAAAGGUGUCCAAGAAAGUAGUCCUGCCCCGCGCCACCAAGAAGGCGUUGCUGGUCUUGGAAGAGCACAUUGACAACAUAUUAGCCAAGAGAGAGGUCUCUGGCAGUGCCUCGUCGCCAUCUCAGCCCCCGCUGAAGGCCACGCCCAGGACUCGCUCGGUUUCCGUGCGGCGCCCCGUGACCUCUGUCCAAGAAGACGCCGGCACGGCUUGGGCAAGCCAGUCCUCGAGGGUUGGCAAAUCUUCGUCAAAAAUCGAGAUCAGACCCAGAGUUUGGUUCCCGUUGGUAGGUAGCAGUAAUUCUCAACAGGCACAGUACAUUCCAUCCAAGAUGCCUCAGAGAGAGAGCGGCCCUCUGACAGUAGGAAAGACAGUGCCUGUGGAUCCAAUAGAACUAGAACAAAGCUUCUGGUUACCAGUCGGUCGCGUGAAUCCCAUGGAUCGAGGAGCUAUAACAGACCGGAUGACCGUUGCAGGGGGAAUGCUGGCGGUCAUCGGAAGUGGCCGGGCUCACAGCCUCAAGAAGAACAGGUCUUGCAGUGAUCUGGUUACCGUAGACUGCCAGCCUAGGAAAAUCAAGGAAGACGGGAGUCAGGCCUCGCUGCCGGAAACUCUGAAAGACAUCUGCUCGCCCCGUCUAACUUUCCGUCCAGAGUUGUCCAGUCCGGAGCGAGACGACAGCUGGGUCGAGACGCCGUCUACUGCAGCAGGAUACAGCUCCGACGAAGAAGACAGCGAAGACAAUGACAGAACGUCCUUGGCGUGCAACAGCGACUGCUGCGCUUCCUCUUCGGAGAACCUUGAUCUCGACCUCGAUGACAUCUGGGACGGAAACGAUGAAGAUGAAGAUAAGGAUUCCCCGAGGUGGCCAUCGGAUGAGACAUAUGGAGCCCUGGCCUGUAGACCUCGCUGGCGGCCGUUAGAAUCUCUCUCCGACUCUGAGCAGUCCUUCCAAAUCAGCUCCAGAAGCUGGGUGACCCAGGCUGAGUCCAGGUCACUCAUGGACGACGACGACAACAGUUUGCCUGGGUGCAACGAGAAGACAGCGAUUGGAGACGAUCUCCACAACUUCUUCCUGCAGGCAGUAGGGAAAGACCAGCAGCUGCCACUGAGAGGAGCAGCGCCAGUCUGCACCAUCGCCACCGAUGAGCCUCAAGAUGGUGACUGCAAGACGACAGGAGGAGCCGAUGGACAAAGUGCUUCCGGGGCCAGCGGAGAUCCCCCGGACUCGGAGCAGGCAGCGGGGGACGAGGCGGGAGGAGAAGCUGGCGGCGAUGGCGGUGGCAGGGGGUCCGGACGGAGGGGCGACAAAAAGACUCCGGGAGGGCGUCAGGCGAAGCUGCCACUCUGCACUCUCCCUAGUAACAUGACGCCUACAUUCUACAUCAGUGGCGGAAAUGGCACAGCUUUGGUGGAGGCUCCGCUGCUGGCUAUGGGCUGGAAGAGAACGCAGGACAAGAACGACGACCGGUUUCGCCUCAAAUGGGUGGAAUGCAAGAGCAAGAUCAACUACACCAUCUUCAAAGAAGGUGAGCAGCUAGUCAACCAUAUCCCAAACUGCAAACUUCUGACCAACAAGCUGGGCCUUCUAUGCAGUCUUCAGGAAUAUGAGAGGGUAACCCUCUCAACCAAAGGAAGACCACCUCGCCUCAAAAUGAGUGAAUUUGUUCCAGAAACCUAUAAGGUGGAUGAGCGCAAUGACCGUAUUGCAUUUUUAGAAAAUUACAAAGAUGGAGAGAUAUGGAUCUGCAAACCCGUUGGCAUGAACCAAGGAAAGGGGAUCUUUCUGCUUCGAAGUAAAGAGGAAAUUGAUAAUCUUCUUGCUGAGCGAGAUGCCAAGAAAGAUUCCAUGAAGCUAUCCUCAAAGCCACCCAUGGUGAGAAUUGUACAACGGUACAUUACUAAUCCUCUCCUCCUGGACGGUCGCAAGUUUGACAUACGUGCUUACAUGCUCAUUGCUAGCACUGUACCAUAUCUGGUGCUUUUCCAUCAUGGCUACAUCCGCCUGUCAUGUCAGAAGUAUGAUGGCAAUGAUACCAACCUGACCACACAUCUCACCAACCAGUAUGUGCAAAAAAAGGACCCCACAUAUAAAGAUGUAAAGGAAGACACUGCGUGGAACAUGGACAAGUUCAAUGAAUACAUAAACUCCCAUUACUCUGCACAAAUGGGAAUUGAAGAAAACUGGACCUUUAAUACCCUGACUAAACAAAUGCAGAAAAUCACUCUACACAUAUUUAACAGUGUGAAGCAUAAACUGCAGUGUAAGAUGGGCUACUUUGACCUCUAUGGCCUGGACUUCAUGAUUGACACCAGUAUGAAGGUGUGGCUUAUUGAGGUUAACGUAAACCCGGCCCUCAAUAUCAAUUGUGAAGCUUUGAAGCAAGUCAUCCCAGGUGUUGUAGAGGAGACACUGCACCUGGCUAUUGAGUGCUUUGACAAGAGUCGAAAGAACCAGCCAUUGUUACCUUUACAGUCUUUGAAGGGAUUUAGCAUUUUGCACUGUGGGACACAAGGAAACACUGUACCACGUCAAACUCGUAGCGUAUCUCCAGCUAAAGGGGACUAUGAAAGAACACGUCCUUUCCAAACUGCUCAUGCACGCAAUUACUCUCCUCCACGAAGUUUGCCUCGCAUGAGUCUAACCACAACACAGGUGUCCCCUUACCUGGCACCUAUUAUCCCAUGUCCCACAGUCCGUAGGAUGCCAACAUCUCUGUUCCCCGUCAUCUCCCAGAGCACCACCAGCCCCAACAGUGUUGCCAGCAACAACGGAGACGAUGUUCGUUUGAAAAUGACUCAUGUCAAUUCCUCAUCCCUGCGAAAAAGCAAGGAGAAGGCAGACCGAGGAAACUGAUGGAUAAAUUACUUUUUAUGUUGGUUAUUUUAUUUGUUGGAGGUGGUGAAGGCUGGGUGAGAGGUGAACUUUUUUUAUGUAUUGGGGAAUAGAUUUAGGUACAAAAGCUUUUGGCCUCUAAUCCUAAACACUAUUUUGAAUAAGAAUGCUAAGAAGACCUGGGGAUUAAUUAGAAGGGGCACCUUAGCAUUUUCCAAGUACCCUUUGCAAGUUUCCAACCAUUCUGUGGUGAAAUAAUUCCUGCUGAUCUACUUUGACCUUCAAUAUUUUGUCAACCUACAAAUAUUAACUUCUAUGUUCUAAGCUGCUACUGUGUUUAUACUGUUUAAAACUCUGUGAUUUGCUAUUUAUUUCUACAUGCAUAGGAUUGCAAUAAAACUCUUUAAAAAUCCGCUGUUAUGUUGGUAUAUCAUUAACACAAGUCCACUGAAAUUAGCUUUGGAUAUCUAAAAAAGGCAACCCUUACACCAACUCCCCACCUGUGCUCAGAAAUGUCAUCAAUAAUAUAAAGAAAUAUUUUCAACUAAAUCAUGUGCAGAAUUUGCAAGAUGAGAAGGAUUCUAUUGUACAUCCUUUCAUUACAAUCAUUGGUUGUUUUUUUUCUUUCUGAGGAAUAUAAGUUUCCUUGUAUUUUUCUUACCAGCUGUUGCAGCAGUCACUCUAUUGUUUUUGAUACUUUAUUUAAUUUUUAGGCAAGUAUGUUCUAAGCAAAUCUGUGCUUAGGAGAUGUGUAUUUCAUUGGUAUAUACAAUUCGCAGAAGAACAUCAAGGAUCUAUGUCAAGAGAUUUUGAAAUAUUCUCAGGAUUUUUAUUUAUUUUUGGCCUAAUAGCUGUUAAAUGCUAUUGAUAAAAAUCAAGUGUAGGACCUAGUGCUUCCUACUUCAUGUGUUAAUUUUGGGAGUUGUGACUUAAGUAACAUGUUUAUGGAACUGUCAUGGUGUACGUGUCAAUUGAUGAGAUAGCAAAUUAGGAUGUAAUAGCAGCAUUGUCAAGAACGUUACAUGACUUUUCUAGCUUGCAGUAAGCAGAAAAAUAUCACAGAAUGAUUCAUAAUGAUUCAGCAGUUACGGGCAACAUUAUCAAAAUCCAUGCAUAAGGCAAACGCAGCACUGUCUGAUUUUCCCUUUCAGUGCUUGCCAUCAUCUACCUUCACCAUUUAUCUUGACAGAUGUUCAUUUCAUUUGUGUUUCUGACUUUCAUGCAGUUUUUUUAAUUUUCUAAUUUCCUUUUUAUUUCUUCUGGAAAUGUCCCUAAACAAUCAUCCAAUUUUGAAUGCAUUGUGCAUUGGCUUGCAUUAUGUUUUGAAUGCUUUGUAAAUUGUUUAGCACAAUGCUGAGAUUGCAUUUUGUAUUUGUAUUUUCAUCUCUUAACCUGUGAUCUUGCACCUCUUCCCUCCACUCCUCCUCUGAUUCAUCUGUAGAAUUCCAGCAGUCUGUAGACAGCAGCUCAUACAUAAUAAGCACUAUGUAUCUGUUAAUUAAAAUUUUGUUUAUAUGUACAGAAUAUUACAAAGAGAUUGCUGUGAACUUCAAAGUCAAUGCAUAAUUUUUGAAAGAUAUUGAGAGAUUGUAUUUUUGCAUUCAUUAGAAGUGCUUGUUAAGUACGAAUGACAAUAUGGUCACAUAUAUUUUAUCUCGUGCAUGUUUUUUCUUACUACAGCUUUUAAAAUGUAGUUUUGUUUUAUCACAUCUGUGAAUUUUUUUUAAUUAAAAUACUGCAAUCUUUUCACGCCUUCAGCAUCAGGUGAGCUGCCAAGAGUUACUGCUGCUGAUAUAAAGAAAACAGCAGGAGCAAGUAAUUUGCCGAAGAACGUGCUGACAAUGCCAGAGUCACCUGACUCCAAUCUGAUAACAGGAAGUCAAACGCACAUUUGUCAGCAAAAGGAAUUGUCAGAAAAGUCACCACCCCUACUUCCACACAGCUCUCUGCAAAUAGAGCUUCCAGCAGGCGUCCAGCAGGACUCUUCACCAGAAAACAUACCUACCAAAAUACAGGAAGAUUUACAACAGGACUCUCCAGAAAACAUACUCACCAAAGUACAGCAUGAUUCACAACAGAAAAUGGUUCUUCCUGCUAUCCAGUGUGACUCACAACAAAAGGAAGAACUUGCUGAAAUACAACAUGAUUCACUACAGAAGAGAGUGUUAUGUGAAAUCCAGUUUGAAUAUCAGGAAAGGUGCUCAAUGACAGACAUACAUGAUUCAGAGCCAAUGAACUUGCUUUCUGGCAUAUUGUGUGAAUUACAGCAGAAGGAAAUGCUGUCUGGCAUACAACAUGAUUUACAGCAGAAAGAAACACUGUCUGGCAUAGAACAUGAUUUACAGCAGAAAGAAACACUGUCUGGCAUAGAACAUGAUUUACAGCAAAAGAAAGUGCUGCCUGACAGAGUGCAAUGCUAUGACCCUCAGCUAAAGAAUUUGCCAAGAAAUAUGAAUGCCCGUAGCUGUUGCCAGUGUUUCUAAUGUGGCCAGCAUUUAGUUUGAACUCUUCAUGUAUGCAACAAAAGUAGGCGUUAUAACAAUGAGGCGUGUUUCCACUGACCCUGUGUUACCUUUAUGUGAUUCCUAUUUUAACAGCUCUGAAUAUUGAUGGCCAAAGUUUAGAACAUAGUAAUUUGUUUGUGAUGUGCACUGCUUAGUAUCUGUGGCAAUGUUAAUGUACAUUAUAGGUGUAAUCAACUUAUGUUCCCUGUAUAAAUGGGUGGUGUUUAAUAUAAAUUCUUGAGUUCAGAGAAAAGCAGUGUAGCAGAGCUAAAUCAGAGUGUACUUCGCAUAGAUAUAUUUUCUUUGCGUUGAUGCAUCAUUUGCUAGUGUUGCUGUCACAUCUUGAACUACUUUUUGAUGAGACUUUGCUUGCUAUGAAUGGUAUCUGGUCAAUUUUUUAAAAAAAAAUCAGUAUUUGUAUUGUUUCUGAUCUUUUUUUCCACAACAAUAGAAUUCUAAAGCUUUACAGUUGCAGAAGAGCAGCAUUCACAUGUAUGUGAUAAUAGUAAUCUAACAGUGUCAUUUUGCCUUGGGUUUCACUUUUUUCAGCAUUUUAAAAUCAAUUUUUGCAUUAUUGUGUCAUCAGAAUAUGAUUUUAAUACCUUUCUGGGGAAAGUUAAGAUCCAAGCUGCAGACAUAUUUCAUAACUUAGCAAUUUGAAGGCUGUGAUUAAAAUAUUAUAUGGAAUGAAAUGAUUAUUAACAUAAAGAUUAUUUUGUGAAUGUAUUAGUACGACUGUAACGUUUUUUUUAACAUUUUAUGUGGACUUUUAAUUUUAAAAUGAUUGAAGUCCCUACAACACAUUCCUGUAGAUAUACUGCUGAUGAGAAUUUAUAAACUUGUUUUGUUUAUCAUUUUGAUAUAUUUACCUUUCCCAAAUUUAUUUUACAUUUUCAAGAUAUCUAACCUACAAAUAACAGGAAUGAAUAUGAACAUAAAAGUCCAUGAAUAUGAGUCCCAAUUACUUCUGCAAAGCAUUUUACAGGCAGCUUCUUUUCAGCCAUAGUAUUAUAAAAGUAUUGUGUUAUUUGGGACAAUCAUCAUUGUAGUCCUACUGUUGAAGUUGUCUUUGAUACCGCCAUUUUAACAAUCCAAUAUUCCAAACUGGAUGGCAUAUACAUGUAUCUAACAAACAAUUGAUGAUCAUUUUAUUGUAGAGUCAUAGAAUGAACGGAAUGUAUACUUGGACCUCAGGUAAGCCUGAAGUAACACCGUCAUGAUUCUUACUCCCCCUACUCCCAACCUGAAAACACAUUACAACAAAUUAUUAUAUCUUGAAAUCCAUAACUGUGGUGUGAAUAACAAGAAAGAUUUAUGGCCUCUUUCUUUAUGGCUCCUGUAAUUUAAACUGGAAUGAGGCUUCAACUUAAUGGAGGACAUACGCAAAAUAUUAGGACAAAUGGCUGUGAACAUGAAGCUUUUUUCUUGUCUGACAGUGAACUGUUGCAGUGUUAACUGUAAGACAAAAAGGGGCUUGUCUUACGUAUGAGUGUGAAGAUCCACCUUAACAAGAGCAGUUGCUCUUUUACUUAAAAACCUGUGGCUUUGGGCGGUGGUUUUUCCACUGAUAAACAUCCUUUUAUGAACAAGAGAAAUUUGUAAUAGUAUACACAUUUUCAGUUAAAAGACUGUACUGAAUGAGAUCCAUGUGAUAUUUCUGUUUUUUCCUGUGGAGGUUGAAUUUCAUCUUACCCCUACUGCACAAACCUUCAGUUUUCAUCGUGACAUAUAUUCACACUCUACUGAUGGUUAAGUUAAAUGCUAUGGUAUCUUUUUAUAGUUCUGUCCACAAUUAAGUGAAUAAAUGUUUUGCAUAAAGAAUACUGUAGAUUUUAAAAAACAGACGUAAAAGGAGUCAAGACAGAAUUUUUUCCAAGUAUUUAAGCAGGAGUGUGUGAUGGUUGUCAGCUGCAGUACCCAAGGAUUCAGCACUUGGCUACAGCUGUUAGUGCAUUCGAGCAGAAGUAGAACUACAGUGUCCUUACUGAAAUGGCUUUUACUGCAGAAUAUAUUGGAUAUCUUUAGUUUUAAAAGAAAUCUAUAGGCUAUUGUCAAAGUACAGAGAACUGGAGUCAGAUUAUAUGCAUUGCAUCAUUUAAGUUUUAAGUCCUUACUCCUUUGACAUUGCUGUGGCUAACAAAUGGGUUGCCUGGGAUGGUCUGAAAAAUGAGGCUCUAUUUUGGUUUGAUGUAAAUGUCAUUGUGUGCCCACAUAGAGAAGGAUGAGUGAUCGGCGUUUGUGAAAGUAUUGCACUGUAUCAUUGUAUUUAUUUCAUCUUGAACGCAUCACCUCGUUCUCUCAUUUGUGCACAUUGAUUGGAAUGAAUGACUGAAAAUAUGAAAUGGUGCUACAAGUUUCUUGAAUGCAUGUAGUAAAUAACACGUGUACUUAUUAAGUAUUACAUCCAUGUUUGUGGCGACAGCCAUGUGGUGUUUGUGUGUACUUCAACAAUAAACAGUAUUGCAACUAUUUAGAAGUCUCCAUGUUCGACACAUCCUCAUGCUCAUGGUCUGACGGUGAGGGGUAUUUGUUUUGCAUCCUAUUUUCUUAUUUAUGUUUCUAUGCAGGGGCUACAGCUAUAAACCAUAGAUGUUUGCCUCACCUUCACUCGAUAUCUACACCUCUAAUAAGCACGCUGCAGCCUUGGGUGUGGGCCACAUGAAAGACUGGCACCUCUAGAUUAUCCGUAGGCCUAUUAGGUCUGUGCAUAUUUCCAAUUACAGAAAUGUAAAAAAUACUUCUGACCGGUAACUCUGGGGUGAUGUUACCUCUGCUUCUUUAGUCCCAAGCAGGCACACACAUAUUCACAUGCAUGUACGCAUUCAUACCGUCAACUUUUUUUUCAGAAAAUACUCUGAUCAUUCUCCAACAAGUUUUUUUUUCAAUCACCAAGUAAUUGUCACAGAAAAAGUGAUGAAAAUGAUUAUUUUUUGUUUCUGCCACCAAUUGACUUGAUGCCAUUAACUCAACAGUCAGUCACUGAUUUGUUGUUACACCCUACUAGGUGUGCCCUAAUUUUAUAUAGUGGUACACAUGAGACAAUAUUUGACUAAACUAGCAUGCAAGUUGAACUGCAAUGUCAAAAGCCAAUAUUUUGAGUAUGAUAAAGGCUGUAUAAUUAUUCCUUUUGGUAUUUUGUGAUAGUUUUGAAAAAAUAUUAUCCUCAGAAAUGUGCUAGCAAGCCCUCAUUUUCAGGAACUGAGAAAGUUAAAAAUACGUGUUCAGAGCACAGCCAUUGCUUACCUCAACCUGCAGAUAUGAACAUUUUUAAAACUUCAUGCAAAAUAGGUUAAUCAUCAUGAUCUAUGGCACUUCUCCCUUUUGCAAAUUACAUCAAAUUGGUUACAGAAAACCAUAAGAUUGAUAAGACUCUUAAGCCAUAUGCACUUGAUAUAUUAAGAUGGGGAACAAAAACCAGUCAAAAUGUGUCUUAUGUAAAUGAUUCCUGCCUCACCAUUUUGGGCCUUCUUCUACAGGCAGCCUUUGAUGAGGAGCAAAGAAGUUUUUAUGCUGCUUAUUAUUAAUCCACACUGAAUGAACUGUGCCAGUAUCUGUUUUAGAAUAGUUGGGUCUCAAAAGGUAAUUGUUUCAGGAAAAUGUGGCUGGAGGCAAGACAGUAUUUUUUUCCAGUAUAAUGUAUUUUUCAACAGUCAUUUGUUGCCUUUGCUUCUUAAAAAAAUGAUCAAACAUGAAGCCAUUUGGAUAUUUUUGUGAUAAAUGUUAAUAAAUAUUUUAAUAUGGCCACAAAACA